AUGCCGCCAGCUGGUGAAGACGCUGGAGACAAGUUCGAGGACACAAGACUUAAAUUUAGGCCUGCUCGAUGGCCUAAAAUAGAAUUUCAUCCCGACAUUAAAGAAGAUCUGAUUCGUUCGUUUAACCUUUUCGAUACAAUGGGCGUUGGCGUUGUCAGUAUUGACGCACUGAAGGCAAGAGUGGCGUUGCGUGCCCUGGGUCAUGACAUCGAUGCCAAGGAGAAAGAGGCGAUUGACCAGAUGUUCCCUGAUGGAACGGUGGUCUUCGGUGAAUACCUCAACCUCCUAUCCCAGUGGAUACUCAACAUAGACAACGACCUCGAUGUGAAAAAAGCCUUUUCCUUAUUUGACGUCGAUGGAAAGGGAUUCAUUGACCUUAACGAUCUCCGAAGGGUGCGAGACAGCCUUGGCUAUUCCAACGAAAUAGACGACUCCGAGCUAGUUGACAUGCUCACCGGAUCUCAGGUAAAUGAUGCAAAACAGGAGCUUAAGGAAUUGUACGAGGCUCGGCAAGACAAGACCCGCCAGCGGAAAGGUCAAGGUUACGCCACGCAGGUGGACGUGAACCCCGGCAUUGCUGGUCUUCCCCCAGGAAGCAUCGUUAGGAAGACUUCCUCGAAGGUCGAAAUUGAGCCGGAGGCCAUGACAGUCGACUUCGACAAAUUUAAGCGCGUUCUCCAGCUAGAGGCCCCACCUCCAGAGCCCAUCUAA